AUGCCUCCACAGCCUUCCGCCAUCGCACCUCCACCAGGCAAUCGUAUCGACUCUCUCACCACGGAGUUAAAAGCAGAAAAAUAUUUGAAACAACCCCGUCAGCAUGAGUGUGGUGAGUUGGCGAACUAUCCAGAGGGGGGCUGGCGUGCCUGGGGUGUCGUGGUCGGAAGCUGGUGCGCCCUCUUCGGCUCCGUAUCAUUUAUGAACAGCAUUGGAACAUUCCAAGCAUACCUGCUGCGCCAUCAACUAAGAGACUACACCCCCUUUACUGUAGGCUGGAUUUUUGGCGUCUACAAUGGUUUGACGUUCCUGCUGGGGUUCCAGUCAGGACCAAUUUUCGAUGCUAGAGGGCCGCGCGAGCUAAUCGCAGGCGGCGGCGUGCUCACCGUGCUGUACUUGAUGCUACUUGGGGUUUGCGAUCGGUACUGGCAUUUUAUGCUUGUCUUCGGCAUUGUAGGGGGUCUUAGUCUGUCACUGGUGUUCGCCCCAGCAAUCGCCAUCGUUGCUCAUUACUUCGACAAAAGACGGGGACUAGCUACCGGCAUCGCAUCCUCCGGGGGGGCUGUAGGCGGCAUAGUCUUCCCACUGAUGCUGGAGAGCCUUUUCGCCACAGUUGGCUUCGCGUGGGCGACUCGUGUUGCCGGAUUCGUUUGCGUCGCGGCAUUUGCAUUGGCCCUUGCCCUCAUUCACCCGCGUUUCCCUCCGAAGCCCGUCAUGUGGUCCACGAUCCGACCCGACCUGAUGGUGUUUCGACACGCCGCGUUGGUGCUUACGAGUCUCGGUGUGUUCUUCCUCGAGUGGGGACUGUUUAUCCCUUUCUCUUAUCUGGCCUCGUACACCUUGGACCAUGGAAGCUCGCCGCGGUUUUCGCACAUGCUUUUAUCCCUGUUGAACGCAGGCGGGCUGUUUGGACGUUGGAUUUCUGGAUACUUUGCUGAUAAGAUCGGGCGGUUCAACAUGUUGAUCGUGACUGUUUUGGGCUCCUUCUUUGCCGUGCUCGGCAUCUGGCUGCCAGCAUCGUCGAAUCAGGCGGCACUCGUCGUGUUCGCACUAGUGUUCGGAUUCUUCAGCGGGGGCAACGUGAGUCUUGCCCCGGUAUGCAUCAGCCAGCUAUGUACGCUGGCUGCUUACGGGCGAUACUAUUCCACUGCAUACACUCUCGUCAGCUUGAGGUAA